GCGGCGCGGCUGGGCACGCCAGCCAGCCCGCCGACCCGUCAUUCGCGCACCAUGCAACUACCCGAGACGCCGCCGCCACCUCUCGCUCCCUUGUGGGACCGCGUGCUGCGUGCACAGGCUCUGCCCCCGGAUUUAGAUGUCGAACUUCUUUACAUCGCUAUCCGUGACCGCCUCACUCAUCCCGAAUGGGAAGUCCGGCUUCAUGCGCUUCGGGUGCUCGCUGACCUUCUACCUCUGUCAGGAAACGCUCUGUCGUUCCCGUUCGACCAAGUAGUGGACAACUUGGGCCACAACUCGCCAAAUGUCCGAAAGGGUGCACUGGAUGCACUCAAAGUUUUCUGCACGCAUUGCGAGGAUACAGAGUGCGCCGCUCGGGCGAUACUAGAUAAAUGCUCAUAUCAGAACAUAAGGCCGCAAUCAGCGAACAUUGACACCAAAGUGAACGUCAUAACUGGAUUAAUACUAUCUAUACCAUCCGUAAUGAACAUACUUAAAAGAAGGAAUCCCGCAUUGAACACUUUCCCAAUAUUUCAAAUAUUAGGAGAGAAACUGUUUGAUCCUAUACACAGAGAUGUUGCUCAGCGAGCGUUAUUGAAACUUCGAAGAGUUUGUGGACCACGAGAUUACAUGAUGUCGCUCUCCAAGCUAGAUUUCAAAGUUCAAGAUAAAUUUCGACAGUUGUGUGAAAUGUAUGACGAGGAUUCUAUGGACGUUUAUUAUGCACCUAGGAAAGCUUAUCGUGAAAAUAAUCAAACUUUAUUAAAGAUUAAUCACGUGUUUAAUACACCGAUUACUACUCCCGUAAGGGUAUCGACUGACUCUUCUUCCGAAGAGUCAUUUGCACACCUACCAUACUACAGUAGUAAUAAUAAUUAUGCUAAAGUAAUAAUAGAAACUGAAAUCAAGUUUGACGCGGAUACUGCCAUUACUAUGACCGUAUUGGAAGAAAACGAGUCAGGUUCAGAGAAGAAUACUGCAAGUGAAGAAGACUGUGAUAGUUCGGAUAGAAAUAUGCUGAAAUAUAGUGAUGGUGACUCUGAGGAUACUGAUGUUGUGGUCAAAAAAGUGCGCUUUGGAGGGGAAAGUAUUAAAAUACGGACGCCAGAUAGUGAAAAUCUACUUUCUAGUGAGGACGAUCUUAAUCAAAAUAAAUUAGUCUCAUUAAAAAAAGACAAUAUUAUUGAAAUGACCACACAAUUAACGCCUGUAAUAAUAACAAAAAUGAACGAAAUUAAGCGUAAGGCUUUAUUAAAUGAAGUACAAGUAAAGCCGCCGAAAAAAAGUGGCAUACCAAUACCACUGCCAGUUAUUCAUACUAAAUCUCAAAAGCAAACUUAUAUCACCGACGGAAAAGUGACAUUAAAAUCGAAAUCUUUAAGUGAGUUAUACGACUACUUUCGGACUAAAAACGACAAGCAAGAAACUGUGAGGGAUGGGUCCGGAUUUGCUUUAACCCUGUCAGAAGUGCGAUCACCAGAUAAAGUUCCCAGUCCUAUAGAACCACAUAGGGAAGUGGAGGUACUGCACAAUUUGCAGAGGAGCCCAACCGUAUCACCCCGGCGGCAUCAAACGCGUUUUCAAUUAGAACGAGAUGGAUUUGUCCUGAGUCUUCUCACGUCAACACCGGCUGCAGAAACAGAUUUGCUAUCUCCUCGAGCUCCGUCUCCAUUGAGAGACCGUUAUGAUUGGGAGGAAUCGGGAAUUGUGCCUCAGCAUGUUGCCAACCAGUUACAUAACACGGAAAAUUGGAUAUCAGCUGUGAAAGCAGCAGACCAGCUCCACAGUGCAUUGUUGGAAGCCGCAAACGUGCAGAAAGUGGAGUCAUCCGCGUUAUCUCUCGUACAACAUAUGUGGGCACUCAGUGAAGCGGUGAUGGCAGCGAGAGCACCGGCGGAGAGUGCGGUUUGUGCUCUUGUCCGUGGCGCUAGCAACGACUGCACACGUCAGCUACUACCAGCUCUGAUCACCAGGAUGGGCCAGGAGCCGCUCCCUGUAGCACUCCCACACGCCCUGCUGCAGAGACUGGCGUUACAUCAUCUUGUCGAUCUCAUUUUCGACCCUAAAAUGAUUGGGGUAACGGGAGAUGCAGAAGCAGUUCAAAGCGCUCAACUCCGAGCUACUCUAUGCUUAGCGCGGGCGGCCGGACCAGCGGCCGUGCUUUCAGCUGUUCGGAGAAGACUCGCCGGUACUGCCAGAGCUGACAUUUUCUGCAAUAAGUUACGUGAGCGAUUGAACAGACCGGUUGAAAACAUAAAACCAAGUCCCAUGAUCAGGAGUUCACAACUACCACUUCCGGUUAGACGACGAGCCAGGUCCACCCCGCCGCCAGCUGCCCCGACACUACCCAGGAGGCUUCGACCACUGCCAGACUCUGCACCUUUACCUGGUAUUUCACAGCCCGGAAGGGAUUUCCUUAUGAAACCAGCACUGUCUCCGAUACCAUUAAGCGAUAGAGAGUCGAGCGCUUUUACGACCUAUGAAGAAAAGGAAAUUGAAAAGAGUGAUCAACUGUCCGAUAGCAAAUCUGCUGAUCGUAUCAUUAUAGGCGAUACGACAGUCAUCGAUGUAUCGACAGGCGAAACAGAAGAUGCUCCAUUACCACCUCGAUCGCCGUCAAUACACAUUGAAGAUUAUUCGGAAAGAUCAAAUCAUUCAAUAUACAGUCAUCGGUCUCGAGCGGAAACUGAUGAUUGUAGUCGACGUUCAAAUGAAACAGAGAAUGCAAAAACUCCUGACAGAUUAUUCGGAUCUCAAAAAUCUUUAAAUUCCCUCGGAAUUGAAUCGCGACCACACAGUCAAAAAUCUUCUUCUGGUAUAUCAAAAAGUAGAAGUGCGUCGUGUAGUCGAUCACCUACGCCGGACCCAUCAAGUGCUAAUUACCACGAGGACGCGUCACCCAUCGAACGAGAUGUACGAAAUGCAUUAGCAGAAUGUAUAGUACCAGCUCGACAUGAAGACUGGCAAUUAAUAGUGAAUGGAUUGCUUGAAACCGAACGGUUGGCAAUGGAUCCGUCCGCUCGUGCACCAGCUGCCAGUUGGAGAGCGGUUGUCCGAUCAUCUUCGACCCAUGUCCGUUCAUUACGGUCAAGAGUAGCGAGAACGGCAUGUUCCACAUUAGGUGCUCUGUUUGAACAUCGCGGGCGAGCGUUAGAUCCUGAGUUGGAAGAAGCAGCUACGGCGCUGUUAGAGCGCUGUGCAGAUGUAAAUAGGUUCCUCAGAGCUGAUGCAGCAUCAGCGUUGGUACGUCUAGCAUGCGGAAGUAACGGCGCUCGAGCUGCAGUUGCGUUAGCGCGACGGGGCUCAACACACCGAGCUGGGCCCGUGCGAGCGGCAGCCGCUCAAGCACUAGCUCGUCUUGUGCAGCACAACGGGGCUUCGAGAACGCUGGAUAUGCCUCCCGAACCCAGGACUGUAUUGUUGAGAGCUGCCGGUGAACUACUUGGCGAUGCCAACGCCGAAACUCGCUUACACGCCCGUCACCUUUGUCUAUCAUUAUCUACCGAUACAAGAUUCCGGUCAUUGUUGAAAGAGUCCAUCCUGCCAUCAAGGUAUCGCGCUAUAGAAAAGUUAGUCGAUAAAUUACGAUGACGAUAAUGUAAUGUCUAUUAAAACGGUGAAAUUGAAACGCUAAAUGAUUUACAGAUAUCGUAAGUAUUUACGCUAAUGUAAGUUUGAAAUUGUAGUUUUGGAAUUACACGAGAUGUUUUAAUAGACUGCAUGUAGUAAGGAAUGCAAUCGUUGUAUGACUGACUAUAGCACCCACGAUACGAGACAAUUGUCUCUUAUAUUGAUCUCUUGACUGAUUUGUGCGAAAGGUAUUUUUGUAGUAAAUUUUAAGUUAUGUAAAUUCUUAUACAGAAAUUAUGUACAUGAGAAAUUAAAUUGUUAUCCUCCAGCGGAGUGACAUUUAAUGUAUCUACUUAUUGUUAUCAGCAUGUACAAUUUAUAACUUUUUAAUUGUAGAA